UUUCCGCGAAGAGGAUCAAGCCCAACGCUCCGCCCAGCAGAGCCUCCAGGCCCCGGCGCGCCGCCCUGCCCGCUUCUGGCUCGCGCCCAGCGGAGGGGCCGCCCCCGCGCGCUACCCCGGGGGCGCAGAACCGGGUGCGGAAGGGCACCGGCGGAGCCCGGCUGCAGGCGGCGGGGCCGCGGCCAAACGUCCGGGACUCUAGCGGCGACAAACUGCCAAGAUGUGAACUCGAGGAAGGACUCGCGAGAUGACGAGGAUGCUCUGGGGCCACGACGCCUGUGCCGGUAGACCGCUCGCCCUGUGUCUCCUGGGGGGUAUCUGCCUCAUGUCCGGUAUGCCGCAGCCUCUGCCCGAACUCUCUGACGGGCCCUGUGACAUUAACAUCACGCUCAGGAACUUCCGGCCGGUCAUAUCGUGGAAACUGAGAAACGCUCCCAUCGCGCCCACCCACUACACGUUAUGGUACACGAACAUGAGCGACAGGAAGGACAUGGAGGUGGUCGAGCACUGCGCCAACAUCACCCGCCCGUCCUGUGACGUCACGAACCUGUGGAUGGACGUGUCGGAGACGUACGAGCUGCAGCUGGUGGGGUCCCGGGGGAACGCCACGGUGGUGCAGUGCUUCCGCAGCGUCUUCCCGGAGCUGGACAUGCUCCUGGAGCCCCCCGAGUUUGAGGUCGCUGGUUUCACGGACCACAUUCGUGUGACCCUGGUGCUCCCCGAGACCCUGCCCAAGGGGCCCCAGGAUCAGGAACUGUGGAGUCACUUCUCACUCAUCAUCGAAGAGCAGCUGGAGGGGAUCGCGAAGAAGCAUAAACUCAAAAUAAAUGAGGACACCAAAGGGAAUUUCACUUACGUCCUGGACAAGCUAAUUCCCAACACAACCUACUGCGUAUCUGUGUACUUCAACCCCAGGAACGUGGAGAGUGUCGUCAGGUCUCCCCUGAAGUGCACCCACCUUCCACCGGCGCGGCAGCCAGGGUCGCCGGAAUCGGCCGUAAUCGGAGCCUUCACGUCCGUGGCCUUCAUCGUGGCCGUCGCCGUGAGCAGCCUGAUGGCACUGAGACGGGUCGGGUACAUAUGCUUACGGAGCGUGCCCCCCAAAGUGCUGGACUUCCGAAACCCGCCGUCCUGGGCGUUCCCUGAGCGGCCGCCCGUGGAAGCCGUGGCCGUGCUGGAAGUCAUCCACGUCAACAGGAAGAAGAAAGUGUGGAACUACGACUAUGACGACGAGAGCGACAGCGAGGGGACCGUGGUCCAGGCCUGCGCGGGGGGCUACACCGUGAACGGGCUGGCCAUCAGGCCCGCGGGCCCGGCGCCCGGCUCCUCGGCCCGCCUGGAGGGCUACAGCAGCCCCGACGCCCAGGAGGACGAGCCGUCCGAGCCGGAGGACGAGACCCGGUCGCUGCUGGCGGGGCCCGGGCCCCGGUGCGCCGACUGUGCCGGCGGGGCCUCCGAGGGCCAGCGGGCUCCGCCCGUGGGCCCCGAGUUCAAGGAGGACAGCAGCUCUACCAAGAGCUCCGCAGACAGGAACUUCUUCAACGUGAACUUGGACUCUGUGUUCGUGAGGGUCCUGGACGACAGCGACCCAGAGGUCCCCCCAGCGCCCUCUCUCGCGGAAGAGACAGUGGACCCGGAGGACCCUGACGAAACAGGGACAAGCCUUGGGGCGGCCAACGCACAAGGCACCCAGCAGUGCUUCCCCGGCCACCCUGGGCAGGGCCUGUGGCUCGAAGAGUCUUCCUCCGACGGCAGCGACGCCUCCGAGUCGGACGUUGAUGUCGGCCCCGGUGUCGGCACCGGGGAUGGUUAUUUAAUGAGAUGACUCCCCAGACACAACGAACCGACGUCUACCUCUCCCCUGCACCCUGGUCCCCCGCCGCUCCUGCGGCCAGCAGGUGUCUGGGGGCAGAGUGCCCCCCUUCCUCCUCGUGACAUCACCGGUGCAACUCCCGGGGUGGGGGAGGGGCGGCGGGAACCAGGUGUCGUGGUGUGCAUUUGUUUACGUGUUCGAAGUGACAGGCCUCGGAGGGCAAGUGCCCCGUCCAGUGGUCAUGCUUCUGCCCCUGUCUCCCAAAGGAGUGGGGUCCCUGGGGUUUUCUGGGGUGGCCCAGGGUGGGCGUGGGGGGGAGAGGGAAGACUGCAGGGUCCGCAGCAGGAGCGAGCUGGGCCGUGCCCUGCCCCCCAGGUUCCGGGAAGAGCAGGGGCCGAGCGAGAGGCAGGAGGGCAGGCGGGGGACUCUCAGACGGCAGAGGGCGCGUCCCCAGGUGACGUGAGGCAGGUCUGGUCGGUGUGACAGUGGGAAGCUGUGACAGUGGGGGACUGGAAACCCCCCCCCGCCAUUCUUCCGACAUUGUCCCCGUAGGUGCUGACUGUGCCUAGUACGUGGCGUGUAGAUGAAGGGUGUGUUUGUA